GUUGUACUGUCAGACUAAGGACAACAAUGUUUUUCGAAAUGAUAAAAGUAAUUUGAUAGUUACUACAAAUGAUGAUAUAUAAUGAAGUAAUAUGUUUAUACAAUCCAUUAAAUACGCAUUGAGUCAUUUUUAAAAUUAUCUUUGAAACUGAACGAUGACAGUCAAAUAAGAAGCUAUAUUGGUGGAUUUCGUCUAAAAUAGAAAAACAUGAGUAAAAAUUUGAACUCGCCCUCCAAAUUAACGGAGUUUGCUCCACUCAAGACUGAAGAAAAGUCCCAGUCAGUUGGAGAGUUCAUAUCAAGACUCUUCAAGUUGAGUAAUCCAUUCACUUCAGAAGAACAAAGUACAAUACCUAGUGAUGCCAGUUCACAAGAUUUGCCUUCAUGGGUUGAUACAACAGAAACUAUGUGUAAUGAAAUACCAUACAACGUGGACUUAAAUGAAGGUCGGAGUUUACCUAAUGUACUCAAACGAAUUAGUAACCUCCUUGCAUUGAAAAGCAAUAGUCUUCAAAGUUAUGGAAAUACAGAGUUGAAACAAUAUUGGAUGCCUGAUUCUGUCAGUAAACAAUGUUAUGAAUGUUUAGAGAAAUUCACUACCUUCCGAAGAAGACAUCAUUGCAGAGUAUGUGGUCAGAUAUUUUGUUCAAGUUGCUGCAACCAACAAAUACCUGGUAAAAUAUUUGGAUGCACUGGUGAUUUGCGCGUUUGUACAUAUUGCUGUAAAAUUGUGCUUUCCUAUUUAUCUUCAGAAAAUGGAACAGAUCUUACCACAGAUUUAAAAGCACUUCAGGAAAACUUAAGGACCAAAUUGUCAAUUUCUUCCCCUAUAACUCCAUCAAAUUUCCUUCAGGAUAAUUCUAGUCAAAUAAUUAAAUUUGAACCUUCUGAAGGUCCUAGAAAGUCAUUAGUAGGAGGUUAUCAGGAAGAAAUGUUUGCAUCCGGAGUAUCAUCUAGUUCAUCUGUUCUUUCUAGUGAAGAAAAAUGUAGGGCUUACCAAAAUUCCUCAUCUCUAAGAAGUUUAUUUGAAGAAAUCUCAAAACCAAUGGGUGGAGUUACUUUGGGUUCACAUAGGUACCAUCUAAGAACCUAUUUUGAUAGUUUUUUAGGUUCUGAAUUGGUUGAUUGGCUAAUUUAUCAACAAAAAGCUAGCAAUAGAAUUCAAGCUAAUGCAAUCUGUCAAGCACUGCUAGAAGGAAACUAUAUAGAAUGUUUGUCUGAAACUACUUCAUUUGUUGAUAGUUAUGUCCUCUACAAAUUAGGGAAAGUAUCAUCACCUGAUAGUCCUCCACCAUCCAAUAUUUACGAUAUACCAACUCAAGAAGAGCCGAUGUGGGUACAGCAGAUCAUACAAGAAUCAAACAAUGUUGAUUCAGACAACGAUCCAUCAACCCCAGUUAAUGGGAUCUUUUUAAAUUCUUCCUCCUCGUACAUGUUGGAUUUGAACGUUGAAGCUAACACUGUGUAUCUGUCGAAACCACCAUCUUCAUCUCAAAAUAUACACUCAAUGGAGAGUAGUGAAACUGAUUACCGGGACUUUGAAGAUAAACCUGAGAUUCGUACAUCUGAGCAGAGAGAAUUUGUUCCGGAAUCAGGUUGGUUCAAUGCUUCUUCCUUGAGGGAAGAAAAUGGCGAAAAAUGUGCCUAUCAAAUUCUAACUAACGCUUAUGAACAACAUGAGCAAACCUUGAUGAAGCAGAUCUUGGCCGCAAAUGGUUUAUCGUUGACUUGGUCAAAUCUUCUUCUGCCCUUAAUUCACAAAAUUGUAACUGUCACAAGACCUGAUAAGAAUCAUGAUGCUAGGGACUUGGAUAUAAGGAAUUACGUGAAAAUAAAAAAAUUGCCAGGGGGGUUGAAAACAGAUACAAAAGUUGUUGAGGGUAUAGUGUUUAGUAAAAAUGUAGCUCAUAAAGGAAUGUUGCAGGACAUUGAAAAUCCGAGAAUUUUAUUGCUUCAAGGUGCUAUAGUGUACCAGAGGACAGAAGGAAGAUUCAUGUCACUCGAGCCAGUUUUGAUGCAAGAACAUGAAUAUCUAAGGAACGUUUGUGCUCGAAUUGUGGCCUUAAAACCUGAUAUAGUAAUGAUUCAAAGGAAUGUAUCACGACUAGCUCAAGAUUUUUUAAGAGAAAAAGGUAUUACUCUGAUCCAUAACGUGAAGCAAAGUAUAUUAGAGAGAUUAUCGUCGUGUAUCCAAGCAGAUUUGGUUGGUUCUUUAGAUGCACACAUUGGAAGACCCCAAUUAGGAACUUGUCAGAGGUUUUAUCUAAAGAACUAUUCAAUUAAUAGAGAUAACAGCUAUAAAACCCUAAUGUUUCUAGAAGGAUUACCAAUGACACACUUAGGAAGUACAGUCCUUCUCAGAGGUGCAACAAAAUCUGAGCUUUCAAAAAUUAAAAGAAUAUUUUCGUUCAUUUUGUUCGCGACUUAUAAUUGGCGCCUGGAAAAAUCUUUUCUCAUGGACGAAUUUGCUCAGCCACCUGAAUAUAAAUGUGAAUUUUUCGACGAAAGCAAAGAGGUAUCUUCAAUUCAACUUUCAAGCCUCAACAAUGAUAAAUUGAAGAAAAACGAGAAAAAACCUUCACAUACAGAUUAUUCUACACAAACCAGUAAUGAAGACCGAAAUCUAACUGUUGAAAGUGUAAACGAUUUUUCUGAUCCACUUCAUUGUUCGUACAGUAGAGAUGAUUCACCUGGCUUCGAGCAGCAGCCAGUUCUUUCGGAAUUGGUAUUUUCCAACAAAUUCAGAAAAGCUCUAGAUGGUACAAUACUUUGUAUCUCUCCUUAUAUGAUAUUUCCAAUUCCAUACUUGGAAACUGAACCAGGAAAAAAAUGUAAUCUCAGGAAAUUCUUUCCAAUGGAAAUUUAUCACAGUGAGCAAUUUGAAUAUAACAUUAAAACCAAACAGAGAGAAAUUGAAGAUGUCGAUACAGGUGCAUUGGAUGCACAAGAAAUAAGACCUCCACAUCUAUUUACAACAGCUAAAUUUGUGAACAGUGUAGAUUCCAAUGAAAUCCAAAAUUUACUUGCUAAUUUUAGAGCUUGCGGGGGAAGGUUAGAGAAGAAGAACAGCAUUUUGAAGCCCUCAAAAAAAAUUGAGGAAUUACCUGAAAAACAAGUACAGGAUGAAAGGAUUGAUGUGUUGGAUCCUUUGCACCACCAACGUCUUGCAGUACUUUUCUGUAGCUUCAGUAAUGAAUCCCAAAACGCUCCUGCUUUCUGUAUGAACCCUGGUGUGGUUUAUAUGGAUUUUUAUGGCAGAAAUGACAUUCCUCUCGGUUGUUUCUUACAGAAAUACUGUUUCAGGUCGACUUAUACCUGUCCCUCCAAUACUUGUGGCACGCCAAUGGUGAAACACGUGCGUAGAUUUGUGCAUAAUACUGGAUGUGUGAGCAUAUUCUUGAACAGUUUCGAGAGUGAAUUUUCCGAAGAAAGUAUAGUGAUGUGGUCAUGGUGUUUUAAAUGCCAAAGUGUAUCUCCUGUAGUCCCUAUGUCCACAGACACUUGGUCUUUGUCUUUCGCAAAAUAUUUGGAACUGAAAUUUCAUGGAUCAAAGUAUAGCCGAAGAGGAAACAACCCUUGUGAACAUAGUUUACAUCACGACCAUUAUCAGUAUUUUGGAUACAAGAAUGAUGUGGCUUCGUUCAGGUAUUCACCUAUAGAAAUUUGGGAAAUAUCCCUUCCCCCACCUGUGAUAAAAUUGAAGGUAGACGUAGAACAUCAACAUCAAACUCUCAUCGAAGAGAUCAAAGAUCUUGCUCAAAAAGGUCACGAUGUAUUUUCCUCCAUUACGGAAAAAAUUCCCGUUGUUACAAACCUGCAAGAUACUUUAAUUUCAUUGAAAGACCUUUGGACCAAAGAUAAAGCAUCGUUUAGGCACAAGAUCGAAGAGGUACAAGUGAAGCUGACUUCUCUCUCUGCGGAAGACAGACAAUUCAAUACUAAGGAAAUGAGUAAAUCUUAUUGGUUACUCAAUGAUCAUAUGGUGCUUGUGAAGAAGUGUCUCGUAGAAAUAGUUGAUAAUUGGAACAGUCGUCUGACAAUCGAAGCUGAAAAGAAGAAAGAUAUCGAUAAAAAGAGGGACAGGCAUACUAUCUCCGAGUCCGAUAGUUCGAAUAACGAUGUCAAUUCUCUGAGAUCUGAAACGGAGUCGAGUCAGUUGGAACAGCCAAAAGGUGUAGAGACGAAUUCGAAUGGGGAAAAUGAUGAUGUCAAGCAGAAUCAGAAAUCUCAAUUGGAUACUCCUCUUCCUAGCAAUGAUAUUGGUGAGAUGAAACGUGAAUCCGAUAAAAAAAGUGUGAAAACGUUAUUGUCGCAAUUGUUACCAUCUUCAGCGCCAUCUAGUAUGAUCGCAAAUCCGUUUUCUAUCCAUGAUCAUUAUAACCUCCCAAGUGGUGUUCAUGCAACAUUGACAGUAGCCGAAGAUGAUCUAAGCUCUAUUAUAGCUUAUGCCUUGAAUUCGCAUGAACUAGUUAGGUUGAUAGAAGAUUUGAAGCAACCCGUCCAAUCCGUCGACGCUUCUUGUAGUCCGGGUAACAAGAGAAGAUCGCAGAGUGACAAAGAUAUGGGAGAGGAUAAAAAUAGUGGUUUAUUAGGUUUCCUGCGGAACAAAGACAGUAAAACGGAUCUUCUGAACAGCGUUUCAUCUUCAAAUCAGUCGGAGGGUCACGGUGGUGGUCAGCAGGGUAGUGCUGAAGCAGUUGCUGAUAAUAAGAAGCUUCAUCUCGACGUGGUGUUCGAAGAUGCCACAUGCAACUUUUUAUGUAGGAUCUAUUACGCCGAAAAGUUCGCGGCGUUGAGAAACGCUGUGUUGCCGGAUGGGGAGGAAGUAUACAUAAGAUCGUUGACGAAGUCUUCGCCUUGGGAUGCCAGAGGUGGCAAGUCGGGAUCGGCCUUCACCAAAACCACUGACGACCGCUUCAUACUGAAAGAGAUGUCAAAGAACGAAGUGAACUUAUUUUUGGAAUCGGCGGCCAACUACUUCACCUACAUGCAAAAGUGCUAUUCCACCGAUCAGCCAACGCUCCUGGGUAAAAUCGUCGGUAUCUAUCAGAUCAUCUUCAAGAACAACACCAACGGUCAUCAGUUGAGGAAGAAUCUGCUCGUUAUGGAAAAUCUGUUCUACGACAGGGUGGUAACUCAGAAGUUCGAUCUUAAGGGUUCUGUCAGGAACAGACUUGUGAUACCCGACAAUCAGCAGGGCGAGAUUGUUCUGUUGGACGAGAAUCUGUUGAAGAUGACCUGCGAUUCGCCCCUGUACAUUCUACCUCAUUCGAAGGCUGUGCUGGCUGCUGCAAUAGAGAACGAUACGGAUUUCCUGGCCUCACAAUCGGUCAUGGAUUACUCCCUGUUGGUUGGGUUGGACAGUGAGAAGAAAGAAUUGGUUUUGGGAAUCAUAGAUUACAUUCGGACAUUCACCUGGGAUAAAAAAUUAGAAACCAUAUUCAAAAAGUCUGGGAUACUUGGUGGCCAGGGUAAACAACCAACCAUAAUUUCACCGAUAGAAUACCAGAAAAGAUUCAUUGAAGCUAUGCAUAAAUAUUUCCUUGAAGUACCUGAUCACUGGGAAGGCUUAGGAGAGGAUCUAUGUUGAAAAAGUCAGUAUGUGCUCUAUUGGCAUAUUUAUAAUUUUUAAAAAAAUAUUUGUACCUAUGAAAAAUAAAAUUAUAUUUAUUAAA